CUGUGUCAAUCACUACUUACUUGGCAAGAUCUCUGCAACAUAGAAUUCAGUUUUAUCUGUGAGACUUAUGCCUUUGAUUCGGAAGCUGUAAUUACGGAUUUUAGUAUCUUAAAAUCCACCAAACCAAGUGUUAGUGCGAAGACAGAAUGCAACUCGACUUCCGUUUUUUAUAUUUCAUAUUUUAUUUUUACGGGUCAGUGGGCUGUGCUAAUAUUUUGUACCUGGCAGGAGUUGCGUCCCCCAGUCAUGGGCUAUGGAAUUUCAGAUUAAUAGAAGCGCUUGCUGAUCAAGGUCACAACCUGACAGUUCUUUCAGUGGACAAAUCAAAAAAGCCGAUCAAAAAUGCCCACAUAAUCGACAUGCAAGAAAUCUAUUCUAUGGUCUAUGAAAGUGAACAAUACGAUCUGGACGAAUUUAUAGAAACAGAUGUUUUUAGCGAAAUACAUUCAGUUUUCGAAUUUAUGUAUAAAUUUUGUAAAGCAAGUGGGAAAACCGAAGGCUUUAAAGCCCUGCUACGCUACCCUGAUAACUUCAAGUUCGAUUUGGUCAUCCACGAUUUCACUCUCGUCAGUUGUUUGGCUGGUUUUCUACAUAAGUUCAACUACCCUCCGUUAAUAAAUGUUUCGCCGUACAAAUACGUCACACCGCAGGUAGAAGCCUUUGGGGGGCAUUUCUAUUCGUCCUACAUCCCUCGUGCAACCGCACCGUAUAAUGUAAAUAUGACAUUCAUGCAGCGAACGGAGAAUUUAAUAGCAGAAGUCUACGAAAUGUUAUACAGGAAGUAUAUUUUUCAACCUAAAUUCGACAAAAUGGUUUCAUCAUUCUACAAUAUCAAAAAUCUACCCAGCGGCUUCGAUUUAUCUCAGAAGGGUGUACUCACAUUUUUGAAUAUUCACCCAGCGAUGGACUUUCCAGUACCUCUAGCGCCAAGUGUCAUCGAAGUUGGAGGUUUGCAAAUUUCCGAUCCCAAACCACUUCCAUCGGAUUUAGAGAACUUUAUAAAGAACUCCACAAAGGGAUCGGUUCUGAUAUCUUUUGGCACAAAUGUUCGCAGUGAUCUUUUUGGCGAUGAAAAACAGAAAAUGGUCAUGGAUGUUGCCAGGAAGUUCCCAGACUACAAUUUUCUUUGGAAAUUUGAGAAGGACCCGUCAAAUGGAAAAUUACCGAAUUUAUUAGUUAAAACAUGGCUGCCACAGAAUGAUAUCCUUGCGCAUCCAAAAAUGAAGGCAUUCGUCUCGCAUGGGGGAGGAUUAAGUACCCAAGAAGCUACCUGGCAUGGAGUUCCUCUCGUUGCUGUACCAUUUUUCCUUGACCAGAAUACUAAUGCAUACAAUUCAAUUAUGGCUGGUGUUGCGACAUAUGUAGACAUCCGAAAAAUAACGACCAAAGACUUAGAAGAGGCAGUUCGUGCAGUUCUAGAAGAGCCAUCGUACGCUGAGCGAAUGAAGUUGCGCUCAUUCCGGUUUAGAAACAGACCAAUGAAACCCUUGGACACUGCACUCUGGUGGAUUGAUUACAUUCUUAAGGAUCCAAACCCGACGCAUCUACGUUCACCCGUCAUUGAUUUAGGAUACUUCAAAGCGAAUUCCUUCGAUCUUAUAUUAUAUGCUUUUACCUUUUUAAUCUUCCUUUAUUGUGUCACUCGAUAUUUUAUAACUUACCUGUUUAAGGUGGUAAAUUCCACCACCUUGACGCAAAAAAUGAAAUUAAACUGAAUAAAGAGAUUCAGGGAUAAGAGGCUAUAGAUUCGCUAUCUAUAUAUGGCUCCCUCAUAUUUUAUGUUCAAAAAG